GAUGAGAGAAGUGUCCUGCACUGCAAAUGGACUCCUGUUCGACAUUUACUGUUUGCUAGUCUGGAGUUGGCUUUGGUGGAUGAGGAAGGUUGGUGACUCUAAGAUGUUUGAGAGAAUCAAACGAUCUGAUGAAGCUUCUGCUUCUUCAGCACAAGGAAUCCAAAGACAUGGUGUAGAGGGCUCUCUGCGACACGACAGCAGUAGCAGUUUACACAGRAGAGGACAUGAGCACGCUCGGCCUGGAGCACCCGCUGUGCAGAAUAGACAAGGAUACUGCAACUGUUGCCAUGUACACUACAGUAAUCUGGAGCAGCAUAUUUUCAGCUCCCAGCACAGGCAUUUUACAACAUACUGUAGGAAUCGUAUGGGUACCAGUAGCYUGAUGGAGCGUUUCCUGCAAGAUGUUUUACAGCAUCAUCCCCACAGAUACCAUGACAGCAGACCAACCUAUGAUGACAUGCCACUCCCCGUCACUCUGGAAGCUCCUAGGAUUUCUUGCCUGUCCUCAGAAGAGAUGCAGAAAAAGAGAAACAGUGAAAAACAGGAGAUUUCCAGCAAAGACAAGGAAUCCAUUUGUGAAAUCAGCUCUUUUGUUCCAUGCCUGUCUCAAGAGGGCACAAAGAAAACUUCUGUAACACAAGCGGGUUUUSAAAAACUUCACAGAAGCCAGGAACGUGUUCCAGGAAUAUCCCAGCAGCCUAUUGGCAUUUGUAGCGAUAAGAAAGGAGUAACUCUGAAAAAUGCUCAAAUUGCAAAUCAUAGCCAUGAAGGUCAGUUUACAGUUGUGAGCCCUGUACCUCAGCAAUUUUCUCUCAGUCCUGCAAUCCACAGUUCUUCUGUUAUUCCUAAAACAGGAAAAAAUGUUAGGGAUUUGGCAGCAUCAGAUCUGGUUCGGCGUAGUGGAUGUGAUGGAAAAGCAAUGGAGGUCUGCAAUAGUGAUGUGGUAUUGAAUGCUCGCUUGAAUCCUGCUCCAGUACUGGUUCACCCAAAACACCCUUCAGUUUCUCAUCAGAAUCCUACAUGCAGCCACAGCAAUUCUCUCSUCAUUACCUCAGGUCAAUCUCUCUCGAAGCGAGAUAGUUUGCGAACUCAGGAUGAAACUUYGGUGUCUGAUCUCCAUCUCAGGGAUACUGUGGGUACCAGCAGCUCCCUAGACCUUGGGACAUGCCCACAACCAGCAAGAUGCAAAAACACAAAGAGAAACAGAGGUGAUGAAAGUUCAGUGGAUAAAACUAUUGAAGAUGUAAUUUUGAAAUACUGCCAUGAAACUACAUCUGAAGAAAAUUAUUUCAAAGAAGAGAAUAAUCSCUGUGUACCUUUUUCAUCACUUCUGGACCAUAGUAAUUUAGAGGGCUCUGAAAUGAGUUUUGACUGUGAUGCACCAGUACAGGUAGGAGCAGACUUACCCAAGGCAGCUAUAAAAGACAUAGAGUUCCUAAAAGAGGUCCAAGUAAGUUUGCAAGAUAAAGACUAUGGAACACAGCUUUGUUCUGUUUUAAAAACUGAGUCAUUAGAGAAAAYAGAUGCAGUGAAAAAGGAUGUUGUAGUUCAUACCGAAGAACCMGUUCUUCCAGCUCUGCCUCAUGUGCCUCCUUCUUUUGUGGGAAAGACUUGGUCUCAAAUAAUGUAUGAAGAUGAURUAAAAAUUGAAGAACUUGUACGUGAUUUCAGGGAAGGUCGUUUUCACUGCUACUUUAACAGUGAAUCCUCAGGCAACUGUGUGGGGAAGAGAAUGAAGAAAAGAAAGCAGAAGGAUGAAAAAAAGAUCAGUAUUACUGAGGGUAAUAGAAAAGAGAAUGCGUCAGUUAAAGCAUUGCCAGAAUUUAAUGAUGCUUUAAGUGGUGGCUGUGAUUUUGAUUACCCAUCUUUAGCCUCAGAUACACUAUGCAACCAACAAAUUGUAAAAAUGCCUAGGAAAAGGACAUGGCGCCUGGCUUCAAGAUGCCAGGUGGUUAAAGUCAGCCAUGGCACCCAAACAAGCCUGCUGAACUACCCUGUAGCAAAAAGGAAAAUGUCUAGAAGAGAAUCUGAUCCAGCUGAUCAGAAAGCAAGCAACGCAUGGCUGGAGAAUGAAAAAACUCCAAACAUGAAAACUAGACUAUGUGCCCUUAAACUUCCAGAGUCCUAUAGCAAGAGCAUGAGUCCUGUACAGCCCAAGACUGUCGUGUAUGUWCUCUCAUGCCCAGAGGUAAAACAGUGUAAAGGUAAACCUGUAGAUAUUCCCAAAAUGAGGAAAAAUCGCAGCUCCACAGAGGGCAAGGACUCUGUAAGGUAUAAAUACAAACAGUGUUCUCUCAAAUAUUAUGAUCCACUGACAAAUCGAAUUCUGAGAACACCUCCAAAGAGUACAGUUGGAGAAAAGGCCAAAAAGCCCUCUCAUGUUCGACAGCUUUUCAGAAGUCUCAGCUUUGAUGUAAACAUGAAAAAACUAGCUGAUGCACAGGGAGAAAGCACACCAUCUAAGUCACUCAAUUUGUCAGACUUCUAUAGUUCUUCUUCAGCAUCUUUCCUGCCAGAUUCAGAUAAAGGGAAUGAUGCAGCCUCAAGUAAAAAGGCAGAUGGACCUUCUGUUUCCGGAGAAAGAACAGACUGUCUCUURUCUGAGAGCUCUUUUAAACACCUGAUCAUUUCACCUUUGAACUCUGUGAUAGAAGGAGAUUACAGACUAAUUCCAUUUAAUAGAAUUACCAAAACUCCUCUGACCUCCAUCAGGAGUGAAUGGUUAGAGAGGGAGACUCCAAAAUCAAUAUGGAAGAGAAAAGAAGGCACUAAUAAAGAACCAGUUUUUUCCAGAAAGGCUGCAGGAUCUAAGUCUGUCAGAUGUACUGUUGGGAGGAAAGGAAACAGGGUAACCACAGGUAAACAAACAUCCAGAGCUAAAAAACAGCAAAAAGAGGGGAUGAGGAGACAACUUCAGCCUCGUGCCCAGAAAAMUGCUUUCUCCAUCCAUAGGUGCCAGACAAGGAAAAGUGCAGUGGGAAAGCACCCUAAAAAAGAAAAACCCGAUGCUAAAAMGUUAAGGGUGAGGAGGAAAUCAAAAAGGGCCUUUGUGAACUCAACAAUUGUAGCAGGGAUUCCUGAAAAGAGGCAGAAAGUCACAUCAGAAUCUUUUCCCAAGAAACCAGAGCAAGCUUCCUCCAAAGUCAGGAACUGGAGAGUAAAUGGAGAUCGGGGUCAUGCUGGCACUGUGAACCGGCGCUCUAGAAGAACUUCUGCUGUACCAUUACUUCAAAACUGUCUUGUUCUGCCAGGUGAAAGCUAGCUACCAAAAGAAGUUUUUUUUAUUGCCAGCACCUGGAAGAAGGAAAGGGGAAAAAAGGAGGUCAGAGACAACACAGUUGAAGUGCUAGAGCUCCGGAAAGUGCAAAGCCAGUCUAAUGUGAAACAAAUACAACUGUAAACUCAGCUCUUGUUCCUGCAAUGUGGGGACAUAAUAUUUUGCACUGUUCUACUGUGUAAAGCUGCAGAAGUUACAGAUUUGAGUUAAAAGCACUUAGAAUCAUAUUUACUAGUCUUCACCUGUACAUCAGCAAAAUUACCUUGAAUGGUGUCAUAUUGUUAUCAUGGUAUUAUCAGUGCGUAACAGUGCACUAUAAUAAGGUAAUUUAGAAGCUGUGUYAAUUAAUUGUGCCUAUUUUAAUUUUUUCACAUAAUUCUAAAGUACAGGAGAUGACUCAGUUGUUAUGCCAGAAAUUUAAUGAAGAUACAUCAAUCGGGGCCGAAUUCUGUGUAUGUAUUUUGUGUUUGUGUAUAUGUGCACCUUCUUCAACACAUAAUAUAUACUUGCCUGUGGAAUGGCAUUAAAAUUAAUACAGUGUGGUAUAAUUCAGAUAAAUUCAGUACUUUCUUGAAAUGAAAUAUAAUUUUACACAUUUUGUAUUGAUUUUUUUUUUCCUGAAACCAUGUCCAAAGCAUUUUUUUUGGACAAAAAGUCACUGUGGGCUCUCAUCAAGCAAUAAUGGACCAUGUUGAUAAGGAAAGAUGUCUCUUUAGGGGACUCUUCAAGUGGUGGUGGCUAAAGUGAAAUCUUGCAUUCUAAAAAAAAAUAGGGUAAGGUUUUGGUGCUUUUUGUUUGUUUUCAACAGCUUAUUGGUUARGUUUGUAGGUGAAUUUCACAUUCCUUAGUGAGGGGGAUGGAAAUGUUACAAUGCAAAUAAAUAACAGUGAAUUGUUUCAGAAUGUCAUCCUUGAGUUUGGGGUUCUGUGCUUUUCUGACUUUAAUUGGUUGUAGUGUUGGUUCAAUUUUUAUGGACUAGGGUUCAAAUUUUCUUUCUAAACUUUCAGUAAARUAUUUAAAUAAACCUAACACAGCAUCCAUCUAAAUGUAUUAAAGUUCAAAUAUUUGUUUCAAAAACUUAAUUGAAUUGAAAUUAUAUUCCACAGGGAUUCAUGUUUGGGCAAUGAUGUUCCAACUACUGUGGUUUUAUGRCAAAAAAAUCUAAACCCAUGGUGUUUUGUGUUUUGGCUUAGUUUUAUUUUCUUUUUUUAAUAGUUGUUAUGAUGACAGUUUAUUUAAUGUGGUUAGGAGACAUAAAGCCACUCUUGUGGWUGUUUCUGUGCUUUAAAAACCAAGAUUAAUGGUUCACUUACAGUAAAUUAAGCACAGUUAAACAUGGUCAUAAUCUGGCCUUUGGUUUUUAAAUCUUCAGUUUGAURUAUUUUAUAAUUAUUUUACCUUGAAGGUCUUCACUAAUUCUCUAGUGGUAAAAUACAUUUUUCAUAACACAAGAAAAGCAUGGAAAAGAUCAGACCCUGCUGUCUCUGGCAUUGAACAUACUGUCUGUGCAUUUUCCCCUCAGAAAAUAAAACCAUUCUCSAUUCUUCAUUCACUUCUUUCUGAAGUGUCAAGGGUCACAGAUUUAAACUGACAUAAAGCUGGACUUCGAAGUGGUUUAUUUUAAUGUACAGUAUGUGAAGGAAAUAUGAAAGCUGUCAUCAUAAACCACAUGUUCAGAGAAUAUUUUGGGUAUUUUUCAAUGCAUAUGCAUAUUUCCCAAGAUAAAAAAAAUGUGCAUGUCAGCUGGAAAGUAAGUUCCUUUACAAGUGAUGUAUGAUCUGGCUGAUUUUUUUAUUUGCUUUUGUUUAAUUUAUUUUUUAUAUAAAAGUUGAUUUCUAUAUGUGAAUUUUCCUAUGGCUGUCAGCAGACUCAGAAUCUUAUGACUGUAUUGAAAGUCACUGGAAGAUGAAGGGCUAUAAUAUAAAUUCUUAUAGCCCUCUUAACUAAUUGUGCCUGUGUAAUUUAAUACUUUGUCUAAGAUAAAAAUGAUGUUUUUAAAGCAAAGUUUUAAAGGAAUGGUUUUUAUAGAAAGGCUAAUUUUUAGAUAAAGCAAAAGAAGAUUUUAAAAUAAAGUUUGUUUUAAAGCAAAGCUUUAACUCUAUAGAUAAAGUCCCAUUCUAACAUAUUUUUAUGAUACAAGAAUGUUUUCCUGUCUAACUUCUUCCAUCUUAUUUUUCACAGUAUUUUACACAUGAAGAGCAUGAAUUAUUUUGUGUGUGAAUAAGUUUUAAUGCACAUUGUAUUUUAAGAACACUAGAGUGUAUUUGUUUAGUGUCAAAAURCUGUUCUCCAUGCUCAUUCAUUGUAUGUUUGUCUUACUUCAGUGCACAACUUUUCCUUGAAAUCUUGAUUAAUAAAAAUGUGUUGAGGACUAUAGAAUGAUUAAUAUUUUUAGACUGUAAUGUCUUUUUUGUUUUUGAUAGCAGAUCCUCAUCAGGGUGGGGUUUUUAGAAGAAAAAUGUUCUAUUUAAACAAAAGUGUAAGUAGCUAUAUAUUUUCCUUUAAAAAAAAGAAGAAAAUUAAAAAAAACCCUAUAAAAUGUAAGAAUUUAUAAGAAGAAUAAGACUUGGGGUACAUUUCUGUGGUUGACAUUGUCAAAAUAAGAUUUAUUGUAGGCUUGGAUGUUAAUCUGUACCUCACUUCUGAGUGUUCAGAAACCUCUUCUGUGCAUGCUUGAUGACUACUAGGAAAAAGAGAAARGACUGUAAUAUGAGAAGUAAAUGCAGAAACUGCUUUGGAAAGACAAUUGGUGAACAUAUUUCAAACAAAAAAUACUGCAAAGACAUUGAAUAUCACGUGCAAGGAGAAAAUAGUGUUGAGAUAUAAGCAAGCUCUUUCCUAACAGAUAAAUAACAUAGUUCCUUCCCUUAUGGAAUAGAACAUUGUUUCAUUAGCAGUGGGGCUGAAACUUCAAAACAUGAUKGUGAAGUUACACCAAUGGCAAACUUGAGAGCUGAAAUAUUUCYUUUCUGAAAUUGAUGGGAGGAUAUUUCUUGUUUCUGUUUUUGUUUGUGUUUCUUUUUUCCUUUGGUGUUUUUUUUUGAGGGGUGGGAGUGGGUUCUUUUAGUGGACAAAGAAGUUUUGUCAGUAUUUUGCAUGUCUUAAUAUAGAGAAGCAAGAGAAGAGCGAGAUGGGAGGUGAAUUUUUGCAUUAAAUUGGCAGCAGUUAGAACCAGGACCUUUUAUAACAGUUGAGAAAAGUGUUAUCAUUUCUUCUUCAAUGCACGUGCAAUUUUAACCUGUAAGUUCAUAGGAGUUUUUUUAUACAUUUCACAAUGUUUAAAAGUCUCUCCCCACAUAAAGUACUCAUUCAACCUUUCAAAACAAUCUUAUUCUAAGCAGAUUGUGAGCCAUGACUGUGAUCCAGUCAUAUGGUGACAGGUACUAACCAAACAUAAAAUACCAAUCCCCUAAAACUUUAGAUAUCUGACACUUGCACCUCACAGUUUUUCAGUUAAUUUAAUGUUAGGAUUUUUUUCUCUCUUGUUCUUUCUGACAAAUUUGCAUCCACUGUUCUUGUAAUUGUGUUAUGGGAGUGAGAUAAAUGAGGUAUUUCUCUUUGUAAUGAGACAAUGGCUUAAUCUAAAUUGUCUUUAAGUUUCAUGCUAAAUUUGUGCCCAAAUGAGGAUGGGUUUUGUGGUUUUCAUGUUCUUGUUAUUGAUAAUGUGUUUUGCAAUAAUUUUGCUUGAUGUUGUAAUUUUUAAUCUGCUUCUCCACUCUCUGUGUUCAUUUGACACUAUGUGGUUUUGUAAGGAUACAGUGAUACUACAGAUUCAUCCAAUGCUGCUGCUGGGUGGUCUUUCUCUGUGUCUUCUCAUUUUAUUUCAGAUUUAUUGUUUCCAUUGUUUUUCUCAGUCAUGUAUUUUACUUCCUUUUUUUUAAUGUUGUAAAGAGCUAAGUUACAGGGCAGUAUGUUCUGUUUGGAAGUAAAUCAGUGMUGGGUAACAGAAGAGGAUGUUCUCCCAGUCUGAAGGGUAGAGAGCAGGUUGGUACAUGUGCUUCUUUGCUUGGAGUCUGGUUUAUUCCACUGAGUAGUGUGAAACAGGAAUGGGAUUAUGAUUCUUAAUUCCUGUGCUGGUCUUCCUUUCUUUUCCCUUAAGGUGACUCUGCCUGAGAACUAAGUAAUCCUACUUCAGUAAACUCCUACUGAAAAUAAAGGAUUUUCAGCUUUUGGUGUUUUGGGGACAGAUAGGAAAAGUAAAAUGCAUUUCUCUCACAAAUGUAACUAAUAUCUGUGAAUUUUUGCCUUUAAUGUUUUAUCAGCCAAAGUAYAGCAUUCCUGAUAAUAUUUUUCAGAAAAAUUUCAGAAAAAUAGCGUAGUUCUGAGCAUGCCCAGAAGCAAAGGUUUUAUUUCUUGUUUGUUUUGCAGUUAUAAAUUCAUUCAUUCCUUCAGCAGAACAAAUCUUGUUUUAAUAAAAUAAAGUCUGAA